AUGUCUUCUGAUAAAGUCGUUCGCUCGGUAAGUCGACACGUUUGCCACCACCAAGUUGACCUAGGUGUGAAAAAGCUUAAGAGGGGUGAUGAGAGAAGACAACCUUGUCCCAUAACACUUAACGUGAUGAACUCAGGUCAAAGCUUGCUAUAUACCCACAUGAACUUACAGGAUAUUGCAUACAUAGCCUUCAUAGGGAAUAAAAAUUUAAAUGACACCCCUUUGAUCGCCAAACACUGA